AUGAGGGUCCUCGUCACGCCAAACCAUGCGCCCGAACGCUGGCUUGGAAAUAUCCUCGACGACGCGAAUGGCAAAGAUACCCCCUCAAGCCUUGCACCGGUCAUCCAAGAGUUCAAAGACCUGAUCGAAACCGAUCCGAUACUCUACAUGCUCGCUACGUCCAUGUUCGAUGAGAUACCCAAUACAGCCCCCUAUCGGAAUGACCCAACAAAUCGGCCGCAGGUCCGAAGCUACAGAGCAAUGCUUCACCUGUUCAAUAUUCUACUACCCAGAGCUCCAGAGUGGUAUGAUGACGCCUUCGUUGCAGGCCUAGUUGGGUUCCCAUUCAACGCCGUGCUGAACUGGCCUAUGAACACGAACAGUGGACGUCAGUUCUUCCUACAUAGGAGAGUCAACGAUCAGAUCAAGCGGAUAUUAAGUGUCUGGGGACAUAACCUCACCUUAACCUCAUCGAUACCCCAGAGCGACCUUGAACGGGAGAGGAGCUGGUUCGGUGACGCUGCCAUCGCCCAGAUGACCAGAAAGGCAAAUCUCCGUGGUAGAACAGACCUUCAGUUCCACGAGCUAUUCGACUGUCAGCAAACUGAAUGCUACGGAUACAAGUCCUGGGACCAGCUAUUCACCCGCAAGUUCAGUCCGGGGAUUCGCCCACUACCGCAAAACGACAGUGACGCCAUCAUAGUCAACGCAUGCGAAUCAUCCCCGCUAUCGUAUCAGGAGAACGUAUCGAAGCGAACACCCUUCUGGCUCAAGGGAAGCAAAUAUUCCCUCCAAGACAUACUUGGUUCAGAGUCCCGCGCCCACCAGUUCAGUGGUGGCACGGUAUACCAGGCCUUUCUCAGCGCAGAGUCAUACCACCGCUGGAAUUCCCCUGUUUCAGGCACCAUCGUAGAGAAAAGAUUGAUUAAAAGAACAUAUUUCGCCACAGCCCCUGGUACGGGCUUUGCAUCAGAAUACGGGCCAGACGCGCGCGGGCCGGACAAUUCCCAGCUCUACAUCACGCAUGUCGCUACUCGGGCGGCGAUUUUCAUCGAGGCAAGGGAUCCGCGUAUCGGCCUCAUGUGCUUUCUUGCCGUGGAGAAGGGCGAUGAGCUUGGUAUGUUCCGUGGUGGCGGAUCGACUCAUUGUCUGAUAUUCAGGAACGGGGUGAAAUUAGACUGGAUCCCGCAGGCUAUGUAUCCUGAGACCAUGAUGGAUAAUCUUCCUGUCAGGACGGAUGCGCUCACGCCGCAGGCCCUGGCUAGGAUGGUCAGAGAAGCCGUGGCUGAGAUGUUUGGCGACUGGGGGAUGGGCAAGUUAGGAGGCGCUGGUGCUGGUGCUGUUAGUGUGAAAUAUUUAUCGCCUGCAACAUCAACGGCUAUCAUACGCUGUCCUCGUGCGAGUUACCGCUUGGUUUGGUCUGCUCUGACAUAUACGUCAAGCCUCCCCUCAUCAUGCCGGCCUGCUGGCCAGGAAGGUACCGGUACGCAGCGGGAAUGUGUAUUCCGCGUAGUACGAGUGUCCGGUACCAUGAAGAAGGCUGAGCUAGAGGCCAUCAGGAGGGCUCGAAAUGAGGUGGUCAAGCUGACGAAAGAAUGGGAAAAUGGAGGGAAGGCCGCACUUGAAGGCAUGUUUACCGACUCUGCUGAUGGCCCUGGUGCGCUCGCUGCUGGUAUAGAGAGUGGAAGCGAAGGUGACGAUGACAGUGAAUAG